UAAUUUCACCAUUGUCUCCCACCUAAAAUCCACCAAACAAUCUCUGUAAUCUAACAGAGAGAGAGAGAAAUCCACAGAAUAAUUCCUAAAUCCUAAAGCUUUCAACACCACACCUUCUCUCUCUGCUCUACCAAGGUUUUACUCGCGGUUUUGCCCCAAAUCCCGCCGCCGCUGCUCUCAAUUUCUGCCUUGUUUUUUCUGUCUCUCCGAGCUUAAACGCGAUGGUUUUCUGGGUUUUCGGAUACGGUUCGUUGGUGUGGAACCCUGGCUUCGAAGUCGAUGAGAAAGUGAUAGGGUUUGUAAAGGACUACCGACGUGUCUUCGAUUUAGCUUGCAUUGAUCAUAGAGGUACGCCCGAGCACCCUGCUAGAACUUGCACCUUGGAAGAAAAUGAAGGAGCGAUUUGCUGGGGUGCAGCAUAUUGCGUUCGUGGUGGGCCGGAGAAGGAAAAGGCGGCGAUGGCGUAUCUCGAGCGAAGAGAAUGCGAGUAUGACCGGAAAACUUUGGUUGAUUUCUACAAAGAGGGUGAUGAUUCUGAACAACCCUUUGUAACUGGUGUGAUAGCGUUCACAUCGACCCCUGACAAAAUAUCGAACAAGUACUAUUUAGGGCCGGCCCCUUUGGAGGAGAUGGCCAGGCAAAUUGCUACGGCCUUUGGCCCCUUUGGCAACAACAGGGACUACCUUUUCUUGCUGGAGAAGGCCAUGUUUAAUAUUGGUCAUGAAGAUGACUACGUUAUUGAGUUAGCAAACGAGGUGAGGAAGGUGCUUCUGGAACUUGGCGGUGUGCCAAAGGAAAACAAGUUGUUGAGUUUGACGCCAGUGAAAAUGAAGACGUCGCUCGGUGCAGUCACCUUGGAUUCGCCACUGAAAAAAGUGAAUGCUUUGGCUGGAGCAAUCACCAUGGAUUCGUAGUUCUUGAUAGAAGAAGAUGAGAACAUUUCUCUAACCAAGGCAGUAGCAUUUCUAGGCUAUUGUAGUUCUUUUAUUAUCUCUUAGUUUUUUAAUACAGAAGAAGAAAGCAUCGGCCAAUCUAUCUUUUGGCUGCAUGUAGCUUACCAUAUUGUUUUUCUUUUAGCCUUAAUGAAAUAAUUUCAAAUUCUCCACCA